GGCGUGUCCUCGCGUCUCAUUGGCUGAUGGCGCUUUCCUUCAGCUCUCCACUUUCUCUGAGCACCUCCCCCGCUCUCCGCCAACUGGAUGUCCGUCCCAGCUUGGAUUUUCACGAAAACAUCAGCCGCAGACUGCGUACCAGUGCCAACUGCGAGGCUGGGACGACGAGCGGGAUCCAGAGGAAUGGGUUCAGCGGAAUGACAGCCGAGUCCAUGGCGUUUUCGCUCCCGGACAGCGGCGUUUGGCCUUGCGCAGCGGCGUGAACAGCGGGACAACGCAAAUAACUGGAAUGAAUGCAGCGAUAUCACUUGUUAGAUAGAAAAAAGACGACGAGAGGGGCCAGAGUGGACUCCCUCCGCCCCAUGGAGGAUGACGGGACCUUUGCAGUAAACUCCAGGCCCGGAAUGUCACCUGGGUAGAGACACAGCACUUUGGACGACGCAUUUAGGGCAAAAUAACAGCGUGGGACUCUGCGCGUACGACCUGACGUGCACAAGUUAGCACAAAGUGGAAGCUGCGGGACUCGUCCCCUCACAAACAUGAAUAUUCUAGAUAUAACUUAAGGCGAGGUUGUGCACAGCCUCAGGUGACAGGACAGGGAACGCGCGCUGUGCAGUUAUGUGCUUUGGUUUUAUCUCCUUUUUCAUUUUGUUUUAUUUGGAUUUGCUCCAUUUGGCAAUAGUCUGACUUUUUAAAUUCCUUUUCAUAAGUGACUCAUUUUAAACCAGCCAUGUCUCUGAAGGAAAAUGCUUGUCGGAAAUUUCAAGCAAAUAUUUUUAACAAAAGUAAAUGCCAGAACUGUUUUAAGCCCAGAGAGUCACAUUUGCUCAUCGAUGAAGACCUAAACCAGAGUCAUUGGAGAGAUAAAUACCUUGCAAAGCCGAUAUACGGAGGGUGGUUGCUGCUAGCACCAGAGGGAACUAACUUUGACAAUCCAUUGCACAGAUCUCGGAAAUGGCAGCGCCGGUUUUUCAUCCUUUACGAGCACGGUGUACUGCGCUAUGCUUUGGACGAGAUGCCCAGCACUCUGCCCCAAGGCACCAUCAACAUGAACCAGUGCUCGGACGUCAUCGAUGGAGAGUCCAGGACGGGCCAGAAGAACUCUCUCUGCAUCAUCACGCCAGACAAAGAGCAUUUUAUUCGGGCUGAGUGCAAAGAAAUUAUCAAUGGGUGGCAGGAAGCUCUGACUGUCUACCCAAGAACCAAUAAGCAAAACCAGAAGAAAAAGAGAAAGGUUGAUCCUCCAACUCAGCAGGGUGGACUAACGCCAAGCCAGUGUUUUUCCAUUGAAGACAUGAAUGGACAUCCAGAGCCAGGCCCAGCCAAAGUGACAGUGACCAGCAGCAGUGGGGGCAGUGUCCCUUGUGUGCCCAGCAGCAUAGCCUGUGCAGAGCGUGUCCCGACCAGCCGCGCCUCUCUUUGGCAGGAGGAGAGCCGCUGGAGCCGGACCACCAUUCCCUGCAGCCGCAGUGCCUCUUGCAUCAGUCAGCUGAGCCAGAGCCAGCCAGAGCCCAGGACCACCACUCAGGACGAUGCUGGUACAGUCAACACUGGGCGCAAGGUACGAGUGGAAAGCGGCUACUUCUCACUGGAGAAAACCAAAUCUGAGCCCUGUCCUCCGCCUCCCCAGAACCUGCCCCUGUCUUCAUCAGCGUCCUCUUCCUCUUUAGGAGCUCUCAGCCCCAGGUACUACUCUGAGCCAGACCCCCUGGCCUCCCCAAACCAACCCUCCCAAGACCCUCUCCCUUCUCCAGGUGCCCUAGUUUCCCCUAGCUACUCUACCAUCAGCUCCUCUCAGAGUUCUCUGGACUCUGAGCCCAGCAGCAGUGCCCCCGUGUGGGAGGGGCGCACUGUUGCGGUUAGCAGUGGGACAGGCAGAGUGGGCAGAGCUGGCAGAGAGUAUGCUGUACUGUCAGACGUGCCCCGGGCGCGGAGGCUCACCUACAGGGAGGCUUUCCGUUCUGACCGAAAGCAGCAGGAGAUCAGGGCGCGCACUCGAAGCCCCGGCAGAGAGGAAGUGGCCCGACUGUUUGGGGAGGAGCGCAGGCGAAUCAUUGAACAUUUUGAAGAAUGUCAACAAGUGGAACGUAUGGACACCAGCAGCUCCAAUGACCCAUCCACCACAUCCUUAAACCAGAGACAAGGCCGCAGUGAAAGACGCCUUCUAGUCAACAAACAUGACUUGUCUCUUGAUGCUGGAAAAGAUCGCUCAGGGCCUGAUGUGUCCAACUCAACUUAUGCCAAUUUAAGAAGGGCAAAGUCACUGGAUCGCAGAGUCACUGAGUCAUCAAUGACACCAGAUCUGCUGAACUUCAAGAAAGGAUGGAUGACAAAGCUCUAUGAAGAUGGAGUGUGGAAGAAACACUGGUUUGUCCUCACGGAUCAGAGUCUGAGGUACUACAAAGAUUCCGUUGCUGAGGAGGCUUCAGAGAUGGAUGGUGAGAUCGACCUGUCCACAUGUUAUGACGUCAAAGAGUUCCCGGUGCAGAGGAAUUACGGUUUCCAAAUCCUGUGUAAAGAGGGGGCAUGCACCCUGUCAGCGAUGACCUCUGGAAUCCGUCGCAACUGGAUUCAGGCCAUCAUGAAGAAUGUGCGACCCACUAUCGCCCCUGAUGUCACUCGGAAAAACGUCUCUCUGAAACUGUCCGUGUUGAAGCCCAGAUCCCUCCCAGAAGAUAAUUUAAAAGUGAUGCUAGAUCCAUGUUCACAAUCAAAUUCUGAGCAAAGCUCGAAUUCCGAGACCCCUAAAUCAGACCUCAACAAUCAGACCAGCUCCAGCAAUUCCUCCGCACUUCCCUCAGAACCACGCAAAAGCCGGGUCCGGGAACGCCGACGAGAGGGCCGCUCAAAGACGUAUGACUGGACAGAAUUCAAAAUGGAGAAGCCUGAAAAGCCCCCAAAGGAACGUGCAGAUACAGUAGAUCUCAGCUCAUCUUUUUCUCCCAAUUCUUCCUAUAGUUCUUCCUCUACUCCUUCAUCUAUUGCAUCUUCUCCUGCCUCUACCUCUUCCCAACCACAGUCCACAUCAGAGGACAGAGUUACAACAACGCAUUCGUCAACUACCUAUUCUGUUAGUAUUACAUCUACAGUAAACUCAAGCCCUCCUGUGCGCGAGACUCAAGACCAAGGCAAAAUGGAAAUAGAUCACCCAUCAAACAAAGACACAAGGGACAGUAAAGGUCCAGGUGUGCAAGAGGAGAUUGAACAACGAUGGCAUCAAGUAGAGACCACCCCUUUAAGAGAAGAGAAACAAGUGCCCAUCACAACAGCUUUAGCAGUAUCCACUAACUCGGACCGGUUACCUCCACAUGAGCUGGCUGAGCUGCUCGACAAAGAGUUGGGACAGAAACAGAAGGAGCUGGACCAACUUCAGAAGCAGAACAGUCUUUUGAAAGAGCAACUGGAGGAUGCACUGGGACGAGAGCAGAGUGCCAGAGAGGGCUAUGUGCUGCAGAGUGCCACACCCCCUUCCUCAUCACCUCAUCGAGUGCCCUGGCAACGCUUACACAGACUAAACCAAGAUUUACAAGGAGAGCUGGAGACCCAAAAACGCAAACAAGACCUAGCUCAGCAGCAGAUCCGGACAUUAAAAAGAAGCUACACUGAAGCCCAGGAAGCCGUAGACCGCCAUGAGACUGAUAUUCAAGCUCUCCAGUCCAAACUAGCAUCUGCUAUGGCAGAAAUCUUAGCAAGUGAACAAGCUGUGGCCCGAAUGCGCAAUGAGCUCAAACUAGAACAAGAGCGCUCCAAGGAACAGGAGGAGGAACACAACCGCAGUGAGACCACGCUGAGAGCUCAGCUGAAGGACAGUGAAGAUCGACUGAGACAAGUGGAGGCUACUCUGUUAGAACGGAGCCAGGCUCUCAGGCACCUGGAGCGGCAGCAGGCGCUGCAGAGGGACCACCUGAGAGAGAUCCAGAGGCUACAGGAGAGAUUACAGGAAGUGACUGCACGCCUCAGUGCUACAGAGGAGGGUCAGGCUCUGAAAGAAGAGCGUCUGAAGACAGAGCAACGGAGCCUUAAAGAGGCUCAUGAGAGAGAGAGGCAGAGUUUAUGUCGACGAUUGGCUGAGGCUGAGAGCACACAGAAGGAUUUAGAGGAGAGACUGCUCGAGGCAGAGCAGCAGGUAGAAGCUCUGCUGUGUGGGAGACAGAGCUCUGUAGGACAAGAAGAACAAAUACGGAAGCUCCAAGAAGAGCUGAGCCAGAAGAGCAGCAUGGUGGAGUCUUUAAGAGAGAGUGUGCGUCGGCUUGAGGAGGAGAAAGGGCUUCUGACGUGUCGUUGCCAAGAGCUCCUCAACCAGAUUGCAGAGGCAGAUCGUGAAGUGAACAAGCUGCAUGGCCGACUGCAUGCAGAGGAGGCAGAGUACCACACCCUUGAGCAUUCAUAUGAGAGGGCCACAGAGGAGUUUCAGAAAAUGAGCCAGUUUCUCCGUGAGAAGGAGCAAGAGAUCCUUCAGACAAAAGAAAUGUAUGAACGACUGGUGGAGCGAAAAGAGGAAGACUUAAAGGAGGCCUUUAUAAAAAUGACUGCACUGGGAAAUAGUCUAGAGGAAACUGAACAGAAGUUGCAAGCAAAGGAGGAGCUGCUCUGUCAGAUGAGUCAGAGACUCUUAGAGCCUUGCAAUGCUGAAAAAGAACUUCAAGCUAAACUUGUCAUUGCUGAGGACCGGAUUGCAGAGCUGGAGCAGCACCUCCAUGCCCUACAGCUGGACUACGCUGGUCUUCACUCUGAGAGACAGACGCGUCCUGAACAGAGCAGCCAGGACUCUGCAGUGUUUAAUGUACCCCCCACUCAAAGCCCCUUAGAGGAGUCUCAAGCUAAAAGACCAAGGAUAUGCUUUUCAAAUAUCCAGUGCCAAAAAUACACCAGUGUAGAAGAAUCAGAUACAACACUUGACACAACACAGAAUAUCCAGUUAUCUGAAGGAAAUAUUUCCUCUGAUAUUUCAUUCCCUCACACAAGUGACCCAGAGAAGUUUAUCUCUAUUAUACAUGCCCUAGAGUCCAAACUCCUUGCAACUGAAGAUAAGCUAAGAAAUCUCACACAAAACCUUGACCAAUCAACCAAAGAUGAAGACAUUUCCAAAACCGACCUAGGACUAAGUGAAAAUACUUCUUGCAUUGAAGGUGAAGGGGGCAUUCAGGGCAUUUCUAUAAAUAAACACUAUGCUAACGCUCUUGUGUGUAUUGAAAACUGUCGGCAGACAGUGCGGGGCAUUCUCAGUGGCUUUCAUCAAACUACUGACUCUCAGCUGCAGUCACUUUCUCUAAUAGAGAAUGACUUAGUCAAUGCAUCACUUUGUAUCCAACAAGCACAAAACACUGAGCAGUCUGCAGAGGUGGAGCCACACCAACCUCCAGAGGCUCUAGAUAAAGAUGCAAUGCUUCUCUUUGCCAAAACCCUGGCUUUUGAAGCUGCAGUUUUAAACAAGAUGGCUUUACUAAUACAGACUUCUAAAUCUGAUCUUUUACAAGCUCUGAGUAAAAUAUGGGGAGAUUUGGAGAACAUUAAAAACAGUGAUAAAGAUAGUUUGGCAAUAGUUUAUGCUGACAUGUUGACAAAGAAGCUAAUGCUAGAGAGUGCUUUUUGGAAGGACUUGGAGAGAGCUGAAUGUCAGUUUGAGACUAUGGAGGACACAAAACAGGGCAGUGUUUCAGACGUGGAUACUGGUCCUAUUUUUAACACCUUGAUAAAAGCUGAACUUGCCUACUCUAUUCAAAACAUCAAAAUGUCUUACGAUGAGAAAUUUAGAAUUCUUAAAAGGGAGUUAGCUGAAGCCCAUAAGAACUUGCAUCAAAGGGAAACAGCAUUGAAAACGAUUAUUGAAGCUUCUAAAAGUCCAGAUUUUAAAAAUUUUAUCAAAGAAAUGAAAAAGAGCUUAGGCCUUAGCCAACACAAGCUAGCUGACAUCCGUCCUCCUGAACUGGCCCCUUACAUGGAACAGAUUGAGAUGGAGGAGGCAAGAGAUAUGGCAGAUGAGAUUAUUGAUAGGAAUUUACCUGAAGAUGUCCUCGCAUGUGGAGUUGAGUCUAUCCAGUCACUAGAAAAUGCACACGAGAUUCUGGCCAGUGAACUACAGAGACAGGCAGCUAUUCAUCAAAAAUAUGCCCAAGAAUUAGAAAGUGGAGACAAACACCCAGAACUGGCUAAAAUGAUCCAUGCACUUUUAGGAAGGCAGACUUCGCAUCAACUUACCAGUACUUCCCUGUGCAUGCGUGAAGCCCUCAUUCAGAGUCAAGUGGCGUAUGUGGCGUGCAGGUUACGGGCCAUGCAUGAACAAGACCUGAGCUGGUACAAGCAGGCCAGUCAAAAUAUGGAUACUCUAGUCCAGCAACACGCACAAAACAUUAGUGCAAUCCAGGAGAAGUAUGAGGCCUCCAUUGAUGAGCAUCGGCGGAACUUCUCGCAAAGACUGGAGAGCCUUGAAACUGAAAACCAAACACUCAAAAGUGAGAUUGGCAAACAAGUAAGGGAACUUUCUCAUCAGCAGGAGCAACUGGCUAUGUUGGAAGAGCAUUUUCAAAAAGAGGCUGAGAAGCUGAGGAGAAGGCACAAGCAGCAGUUGGAUAACAUGGAAGAAGAGCGUGCAUUUACAGUGGAGGAGCUUAUGGAGACUACAGCAGACAGGCAGAAGAAACUGGCGGAACAGCACCAGAGCCAAGUCAAGACGCUAGAGGAGCAGUUUGAGCUGAGGAUAUGUGAGCUCCAACAGCUGCACAAAGAAGAUCUAAAGAAGCUACAGCAACAGUGUACAGAGGACAGUAGAUCUCCAUAUGGGAUGGGAGGUCAGACAGGGGAGGGGCAGAGGAAGGGGGAGGAUCACAGCGCGUCUGAGGUGGACUCCAUGAUGGUUCUGAAGGACCGAAUUCAAGAGCUGGAGAACCAAAUGGACAGCAUGAGGGACGAGCUGGAGAACAAGAGCCUGGACGGAGACACGACCAGCCUCAGAGAGAAAUACCAGAGGGACUUUGAGAGUCUGAAGGCAACAUGUGAACGUGGCUUUGCUGCAAUGGAAGAAACUCACCAGAAAGUAAUCGAAGACAUCCAAAGGCAGCAUCAGAGAGAGAUUUCCAAACUUAUGGAGGAGAGAGAGAGGCUGCUGGCCGAAGAGACUGCUGCCACUAUUGCUGCUAUUGAAGCUAUGAAGAAUGCACAUAAGGAAGAACUGGAGAAAACUCAGCGCUCUCAGCUUAGUGGACUGAACUCUGACAUAGAUGAACUUCGCAUUCAAUAUGAGGAGGAGCUGCAGUCCAUCCACAGGGAGCUGGAGGUGCUGUCAGAGCAGUACUCUCAGAAGUGUCUGGAAAACGCUCACUUGGCUCAGGCGCUGGAGGCCGAGAGGCAGGCCCUCAGGCAGUGUCAGCGAGAGAACCAGGAGCUCAAUGCCCACAACCAGGAACUGAACAACAGACUGACUGUAGAGAUCACCCGCAUGCGCUCAUGUCUUAGUGGAGAAACUGCAAUGUCACCCGUUACCCAAGGCAAAGAUGUCUAUGAACUAGAGGUUUUACUCAGAAUCAAGGAGUCGGAGAUUCAGUAUCUUAAACAGGAGAUCCACUCCCUUAAAGAUGAGCUGCAGUCUGCUUUAAGGGACAAAAAAUAUGCUACAGACAAGUAUAAGGACAUCUACACAGAGCUCAGUAUAGUAAAAGCCAAAGCAGACUGUGACAUCAGCAAACUGAAGGAGAAGUUACUCAUGGCAACGGAGGCUUUGGGAGAGAGGAGCGUGGAUGGAUCAGUCACAUCUGGAUAUGACAUUAUGAAAUCAAAAAGCAAUCCGGAUUUCAUGAAAAAAGAACAAUCAGCCACAGCUAAGCCCUCCAGAGGCUUAAGGUCCAAGUCUGUCACUGAACAGGUCUCAUGGGACAGCUGACACCCUCCAAGCCCUGUCCUCUGUAGGUACAGCAUGAGCCUGAAAGAAGGACUGACAGUGCAGGAGCGCAUGAAGCUUUUUGAAGCAAAAGAUUCCAAAAAAAUCUGAACAUAAUUUUGUGAAGAUUUUUGGUCUUCUCUGGUUUUGGUCUGACUUGUGCCACACCCAGCCUCAGCUUCAGACUGCAUUGAGACCACCUAAACCUGGACGUGCUGCUUUGUUGCCUCUGAUAUUUUUUAAAAUAUUAUAAUUAAUGAAUAAUAGUUUUAUUGAUCAAUCCUGUGUAAAGGUUAUUUUAAACUAAGGUUUAAGAUAUUCAUUGUCAUAUAAGCUGUGAGAGAAAUGCAUAGCAGCUUUUUAUUUAUCCUUCCAAAUGCCAAAAUAGACAGCAAUACCCAUUAUGAAUAAUAUAUAUUUCCCAAUAUGACUUAAUUACCUGCUGUAUUUUAUCAUUGUCACAGUUCCUAUGUACAAGACUUUACAUGUGUCUAAUGUUGCACCAGUUGUGUUGUACAUAACUACUGGGUAUAUGUAAGGUUCUCUAUCUAAUGGUUGGGCAUCUGCUGUAAUAAUGUGGUCUGAGUGAUACAAUGUGAUGCUUGCAUUGCUGUUGAGUGAGAGUAUAUAGGACGGUGUGUUUGUGUGAGGACGAACAGGAGUGGGAUUGCACUUAUCACUUGACUACUUGAGAAAACGUUUGUCAAAUUGUAGAUGUAGUGGUAUUUAAUUUGGUUUAUUGCAGUGCAACCAAACAUCCUAGCUUCUGUAAAAGGAAUAGAACAACGUGAACUAUUAGUGGUACUGGAUUUUGUCAAUGUUUCUUUCUGACAUGAAAUUGUGUUUGUUCAUUUUUGGCUUUGAUGUGAUUCAAACACCUCAAAUUGGAUAAACAGGACUUGCAUGAGUUGUACAGUAUAACUUUAAUUGCAGACUGAUCAUGUUGCCUCUUCACCCUUGUUUGUGCUUCAGAGUGGUUCUCUUAACACUAAUAAGCUUUGCUUUGCAACUUCUACUGUUUUGGUGUAAUGAUUUACUGUAAGUGUCAGUCUUGAAGCACUUGGCCCAAUCCCUGACCUCUCACUGACAUCGAACUGUGCCUCAACUGAGUGAAGAUGUAAACAUCCAUGAAACCUGUGCAGCUAUGGAUACUGUGGAGUAUUCAAACCACGCCUUGUAAAUAAGAUAUGCCACACACAGAGGGCAUCUGUGUCUGUUUUAAACUUGUAACUUGCUCAAUAGCUUGAUAUGAAAUAUAUAUGAAUAUUUUUUAUUUUCAUGUGAAUGUAUACUGUCAAAUAAAUGAAGUGUUUUGAAAAACUGGAGCAGACA